CACCUCGACAGCAUGCAAAUUGCCGAGCAACUCCAAUAUAUCGCAGAUUGCUUAAGUACGCAGAGCGCGCGGCGCGGCGCGAGAGCGGGGCAGCUGGUGCGCGCUUUUCCCGUCUCCCAAGCGGACUGUUCAGAAUGGAAGGAACGCCUGAGAGUGAUUACAACUCCGCCGCAUCCCUGCAACUUAAACCCUUCAAUUAAUCUCGGAGAAGGGGGGAGUGUGUGUGUGUGUGUGUGUGUGGAGGCUGGAGGGAGAGCGGGGCUGCUGCGCUCAUCAUCCCGGGACCGGAGUGACACCGCGCCGCACCGCAGCGCGCCGGGAUCAUCCAGGACGAGACGAGCCCCGUGAAGUUUUUUUUUUUUUUUUUUUUUUUUUUUGGCUUUUUUUCUUCUUCUUUUCCGUUCAAGGCGAGAACUGUGAAAGCCUGUUCAAUGCGUCGCCUCCUCGCACGCGCACAUGGACUGGUGAAAUUUGGACUAACCUGCGUCUUUUGUCACCGGUUGUAGUCGAUACCUCAGGCCGAAAUGCUGCCCUGUGUCAUUUUCCUCGGCUUGUUUCUCACCGCAGCCCGAUCCCAAGACAUCCAGCCCUCAGAGGCAUCGUCCUCCAUCAGCGAGUCUUGUGACUCCCUGUGUUCAUGCGAGGGGAAAGAUGGCGUCCUCCAUCUCAACUGCGAGCAGAGGAACAUCAGCAAAAUCUCCCAAAUCAGAGUCCCGUCAGGCGUGCCCUUCCACCUGAACCUUUACAAAAACGACUUGGUGGAGCUGCGCGCCGAGGAAAUGGAAGGGCUUAAGAAUGCCCUUUCGCUGCAUAUAGGGGGUAAUAGCAUACAAGAGCUGGAGCCGGGGGUCUUCAGCGCGCUCGGUUCACUGAAAAAACUGCACAUAAAUAGCAAUUUCCUCGUCACUCUGAAGGAGGACACUUUUCAGGGCCUGGUGAAUUUGGAGUUUCUCCAAGCCGACACGAAUUUCAUCCGGGUCAUCGAGCCGGGGGCCUUCAACAAGCUGAUUCGUCUCAAGGUCCUGAUCCUCAAUGACAAUUCCAUCGAGUUCUUGCCCAGCAACAUAUUCCGCUUUGUGCCCCUCACUCACCUGGACCUGCGGGGCAACAAACUGCAGACGCUGCCUUACGUGGGCUUUCUGGAGCACAUCGGGCGGAUCAUGGAGCUCCUGCUGGAGGACAACGAGUGGGUCUGCGACUGUGACAUUUUCCACCUGAAGAUCUGGAUGGAAAACAUGAGGGCGCAGUCGGCCAUCGGCGACGUGAUCUGCACCACCCCGCAUCACCUUAAAGGGACCAUCCUGGCGAAAGUCAAACGGGACGUGCUCUGCCCGUCUCACGCCGACAUCAACCUGGAGGAGCCUUCGAAGUCUCUGGAUAUGGUCGUGACUCCUUCCACCAAAGUGUCUCAGAUUCCCAAGCUGACCGACGCCAAAGACGACGCCAGGGUGCCGACGCCGUCUCACAUCCCUGGCAGUCCGUGCGUGGAGCACUGCUCCUGCCACAACCACCCCGUGGCUGGGUUUCUCAUGCAUUGCCAGGACCGAGGGAUUCAAAAGGUGUCGGAUAUCGGAAUCCUCCAGCAAAGCCCCACUAAGCUGGUCAUGACAGGAAAUAUGAUUCAGAGACUCCUGAAGUAUGAUUUUGUCACAUACGACAGCUUAGAAUUGCUCAACCUGGCCAACAACAGAAUUGAUUAUGUUGAUAAUGAAACUUUCCUGAGCUUGAGCAGUUUGAAAAAACUGUACUUGAACGGCAACCGGAUCGAGAAGCUGUUCUCCACCAUGUUCGUGGGACUCCACAACCUGGAAUACUUGUAUCUGGAAUACAACCUCAUCAAAGAGAUUGCCCCCGGCACUUUUAAUCCCCUGCCCAACCUGAAGCUGCUGUUUUUAAAUAACAACCUGCUCGGCUCCCUGCCGGCGCAGAUCUUCCGUAACGUGCCCCUCGCCAAGUUAAACCUGAGGAAGAAUCUGCUCAUGCACCUGCCGGUGAGCAACGUGCUCGAUCAGCUGGACUCGUUGGAGCAGAUUUAUUUGGAAGACAACCCCUGGGACUGCAGCUGCGACUUGCUCAGCCUCAAACAGUGGGUGGAGAAGCAGAGGAAGGACACGGUGGUGGGCUCCAUCCUGUGUCACACGCCCAAGAAAGUGAUGCAGGCGGAGCUGAGGAGCCUCCAUCACGAGGCGCUGUGUCCCGGCUUAGGGACGUACCACCCGGCUGCAGGCGGGGAGGAGAGCGUGACGGCCACCGUGGGCCCCGAUGGCAGCGACAGGAACGUUUUCCUCGCCCUCACGGACACGAUCCCGCUCUCGGUGCUCAUCCUGAGUCUCCUCGUGUUCGUCCUCAUGAUCAUAUUCUGCUCGGCCGGGCUGGUGGUGUUCGUGGUGCAUCGGAGGCGGCGUCGGGCGAAAAGGAAGGCGGCCGAGGAGCAGCCGCGGGAGAAUACCAGCAGCAGUUCGCCCUUACACCUCCACUACAGCAUGUACGGACAGAAGACCACCCACCACACGCUGACGCAAAGAACGGGGUCCGCCACGCUGUACGAGGAACGCUCGCACAGUCCCAUCGUGCAGAUCUGCCGCAACCCCACCUACUGCUCCCAGCACAAGGACGCCGACCUGGAUUACGGCGUGGACGAACCCAGCACCAAGCAGCCCCUCUGCCGGAGCAUCAUGGAGAAGGAGAACACGUCCCCGCUGACGGGCAGCUCCAAGUUCCGGCCCGCGGCCGGGGAGUGCCCGGCGGAGUUCGUCACGCUGGGGAAUCCCAGCUCGCUGUACCGGAACAUUCUGGAACGGGAAAAAGAGCUGCAGCAGCUCGGCAUCACCGAGUACCUGCGCAAAAACAUGCCUCAGCUGCAGUCGGCCGUGGACAUGCAGGUCCCGGGGCACCAGGAGGAGCUGAAGCUCAUGGAGGCGAUCAUGUACACGAGGCCGCGCAAGGUCAUGCUGGAGCAAACUAAGAACGAGUACUUUGAACUCAAAGCGAACCUGCACACCGAGCCAGACUACUUGGAGGUUCUGGAGCAUCAAACUGCAUUUAACUGAGCUGAAACGGAAAAAAAGACAGCGAUUAUAUAUCGAGUUUGAACCAAGUGCCUUGUCCUGCCCUCUUCUACUUUACACAGUGUGAGAUAGAAUAUAUAUACAGAUUAUAUAUAUAUAUAUUAUAUUAUAUCAUGGGCACAUGUGUUUAACUGUAGCACAGAAUGUAACUGGUUGAUUUCUUCUGUUGAAAGGUGCAACACAUUGGGCCAAAAUUUUUUUUUUUUUUUUUGGACCAUUGAUUAGAUUUCCACAGCAGCCAAAUGAAUCGAUCCCUACAGCACAGUCACUCCCAGUCCCACCCGCUCCUCUUAUCUCCAUCUUAUAGGAUGAAGCAGAUAUUCGAGAAGGAGCGAAUUCCAAUCACCGCUUGACCCAGAACUGCUGUUUUAAUCAGCGUGACCUGAUUACAGCCUCUGUCAACAAGAGCCAGCUGGAACGCUUUAAACCAUAAAUGCUCAUUGUGCCGUACAGUCAGCAAAUUGCCAACUUGUACAUCGGAUAAGCCAGUGGUCGGGGUUGGGCGACUGAGCAAACCUGCACGCUUGCAGUCAGAGGAUCUAUAUUUAUUUACAGCUGAGAUUUCUAUCUAUUUUUUUUUUCCUUUCAGUCAGUUAAGUAGUGCACUUCGACUAUAUCCACAACUGUAACCUUGUACAAAUGCAUUGCACUAAUCAAAUGCCAUAAGGUGGUGCAUGACAAUCAACAGAGUCCUGCUGAAACUUUUUUUAGUUUUUUUGAUUUGUACCAGAUGGAAUGAGCCACUUGUGUGUGUGCGUGUGAUCAUUUUGUGUGUGUCUGUGUGUGUGUGUGUGUGUGUAUGUGUGUGUGAGAGCGCGAGACUGUUUUUGAUGCCACCCUUUCAUGUCUUUUGAGUUUUGAUGCUAACCUGUUAGCACGAGACGAUGUGACGUCGGAUCGCGGCCGCAUUUCAGGAGUUACACAAUUUACCGAGUCACAGACAUCCAGAACAGUCCAUGUAAGCACACACACACACUCUGUAGCUUUUCUACCUUACUUAGAUUUAAUUAUUUAUUCUGUAUAUUUUGUACAUACCUCUGUUCCAUUAUCUCUUUUGGUUUUUGUGUGCCUUCAGUGCUGUACAGAACAUAAACAGAAGUUGUAACUGAAACAGGAAAUAAAGAAUUGCAAUAUGAGUGAAAGCGGGGCAGCUAAUUGGAGACAAGGUGAUGUGUGUAAGUCGUGAUCGGAAACCUCCUCUGCGCCGCACGUUCUCCCCGCUAAUUGAGACGGCAGAAGAAAAGCGUUAUCGGCCCCUUCCACAGUGCACAUGCAUACGUGUACAAACAGCAUUCGCUUCUCUUCCUGCUGUGUGAAUAAUUUAGCCCCCCACGAUGGCUUCGGCCUGGUCCUUAAUCACACAACAGUGGCUGCAGGGUUUUCCGCCAGCCACAGUUUUCUGCGGGAUUUUUUUUUUUUUUUUUUUUUUUCCGUUGCUGCCCUCUCUCCAGAGAAAACGACAGACCCUCGCUAAUUCCUCCAUUUUUUUUUUUUUUUUUGUCAUCAUUGAUGCAUGUGAAGUUUGCAGAGACACACACUUUGCCGUGCGGCAUCCAGAGGUCCACGCACAUGAAUAAAUAAAUGUUUACAGAUCUGCGGGCACACAUCUUUUAAUGCAUGCAAACACACACACACACACACACGCACACACAGCGGGGAAGACAAAUGAUCUUCUGCAGCUUGAUCCUGUGAGAGUCAUAAGAAAAACGCCCCUCCAGAGGUGAGACGUCAGCAGAGUGCAGAGCGGCGUUCAGAGAGAUUAUUUACCUGCUUUCAAAUCAAAGGGAUUCACUCAUGAACAAAAGCUCCCAUCAUGCAACGGCACUGACGAGUCUGGUCAAGAGAGAGGAAAGCCAUUGCCUCACAAAUCAAAUAAUUCAAUGUGAAAAUCAGAGCCUGGACUUACAGUGCUCUUUUGCGUCAUGUCGUAUGUUGUUUUUUUUUUUUUUUUUUUGGUUUUAAAAUGUCAGGAUGACCCAGUCUCCGGAACAGGAUUCAGCUUGGAGGAAUAAUUCCAUCUUGAAGAGAAGAUGUUUGCAGGCUCGGGCUGCAAGGAUGAAAGGAAAAUUUAUCUCGAGUACUCCAUUAACGAUACGGUGAAUACAAGCAUGUAAUUUUGCUUCCUCCUUUUCUGAUUUGGGCUUUUUUUUUUUUUUUUUUUGUAGAUUUCCAGAAGCGGUGGUUCUGUUUUUGGGUCAUUUAUGUUGGAUUUUUCCGCUUAUGAGGCCCUGUUUACAUGGCACACUUUUCAAGUGUGUUGUGUCAACGGACCCCCGAAAGACAAAGAAAAUGCUCCAUUAUAGUGUGAAAAGUUUUAAACGGAGCCUGAAUCCCGCCCCAUGGCCACCAGAUAGGGAACAAUCACAGCUGGUGAUGCUUGGUCUAGUGCAGGGGUCUGCUACCUUUUGGAGCAAAAGAGCUAUUUUUGUGACUUUCCACUAUGUCAAGUUGGAUUGGAGUCAUAAAGCACAUUCAGUCUUUAAAAUGAGACUAAUGCAGCUUAUGGAGUUUCAUAUAUAGUUUUGAUUCACAUACAAAGACUGUAUCUUAGGACACAGUUCAGAAUAAUGAACCUUAAAAAACAUUUAACCAAAUUUCCUACUUGAUUUUAACAGUUUUGCGCCUCUUUUUAAGCUUUUUUGUUGACAGUUUUGAAAUGUAGCUGUUUUAGCCGUUUUACCUCCUUUUCAUCAGUUUUGCUUGUUUUUUCUAACCAUGUCUAAUUUUUUUUUAGAAACCUAGACAUUUACCAUUUUUUAAGCUGCUCUGUUUUCUUCUUUUCCCAUUUCUUGUGGUUUUAGCUAUUUUUCUCGUUUUUUGUUUUUUAUUACUGUUUGAACCAAGAUUGGCAAAUCCUUUUGAAUAGUACUGUGGUGUAACUACAAUAAAGUAACUUCAAUC